AUGCGGAGAAAAUGCAAGGCGCAGUCUGGUCAGGCUGGGUAUGUGAAUGCCGUCACACACGAAGCGCUGAGCAGCUCGGCCGACCGCUCAGAAAGGCGGCUGAUCCGCAAAUCCGAGUCAUCUACCAGCAUCGGAAGGCCUUGCUUUGGCUUCGCUUCGCUGCUCAAUUGGACUGAUUACUCCACUUCUGGAGCGUUAGUGACACAAUUUGGGGGCCUGGAAUACAUGUGUUGCACACAACCGCCACGUUCUAAAAGAACAACAACUAGCUCAGCAAACGCCACAUUUGCGAACACAGAAGUCCAGAUACGAUACCGCGUUGCAAGGCGAGAGGAAAUUGAACAGUCCCUCGUUCCGGUAGUAGUAAGACUGUCCCAGCCGAAAGCGCGAAACAUGCUCUUCUCCCACUGA